AUGGUCUCGAUGGCCUCGAUAGCCUCCACCGCUCUAGCUGUUCCGCCAGGCUGGUCUGCAGACACUGCCAAGUUCUAUUCCGGUGUGUUCAAAGAAAUCCUCAGUGCCCGUAAGGAGAACAAAGACCCAAGAAGUCCAAAAUGUGACCUUUCGAAAGCUGUGCUGCCCUCCACGAAUGAGCCACUACCGCCGGUUCCAGAGGGCCAGAAAUUGCUACAUGUUACUAUUGGGCGGGGUACUCAGAACUACACCUGCUCCUCCCCAAGCGACAAACCAAAAGCCAUCGGCGCCGUCGCAACUCUCUUCGACGUGAACUGCAUAGCCUCAAACUACCCCUACCUUCUCUCCCUCCUCCCAAACAUCGCCCUCCGACUCCCAGCGCCCAUCUUCCCACCCCAUCCCCGCUCAAAACCCUUCACCUUUGGCCCCAACAACAUGAAAGUAGCCGGCUCCCACUUCUUCAACGGCCAGGGAGUCCCCAUCUUCGACCUCGGGGCAGACGGGAGUGCUGCCGUUGAGAAAAUCGCGGCUGUCGAUGCGCCCAAGGGUGCUAUGAAGGGGAUUCCAGGCCAGAUGAAUGGGGCGGUGCAGUGGCUGAUGCUCACGGCGGUGAAGGAGAGUACGGGGAAGGCGAAGUCUGUUUAUCGGGUUAACACGGCGGGGGGGAAGGCGCCCGCUACUUGUGAGGGGGUGGAGGCUGGGAAGGUUUUGGAGAUGCAGUAUGCGACUGAGUACUGGUUUUAUGGAUAG